AUGGGUUACGCAGGGGAUUUCAGUCAGAAGAAAGAAAUAAAGAGAGGAGGCCUCACAAGAGACUGGAGGUUCAUUGUUCAUGUCAUUGCUAUGAGUUUGGCACACCGAAAGGGCGGCUAUGAUGGACUGAACUUGGAAUGGUCGGCAGCCAUGCUGAAUCUAUGCUUAAACCAGAAAUUUAAUUUCACUGGUUUAAUUUUCAACUAUAUGCUUGACAUUGUACGAGGACCAACUUGGGUGAUGUAUCCAAGAUUCGUUCAGUUGCUGAUCAAUGACCAGUACAAAGAUGCACCAAACGAUGGAAACCUCUACAAAUUUCACGUCCCUACAAGCCGUCAAUUCACUGAAAUAAAGACUAAUGAAUGGGUGUUGUUGCACGAUUGGAUGUACCGAGCUAAGAGAUUGCCAAUAGUAAAGGAAGCAUAUAGAAAGUACAAGGAAGCUGUUCGAGAAAAACAACAACGAGCUGCUCAAGCUCAGGCUGAGGCAGCUGCAAAAGAAGAGCGCUCUAAAGGAAAAAGGAAAGAAAAGCAGGCGGCUGAAGUCGAACCACCGAAAAAGAAAAGGGCACCGGAAAGCACUGAAAGAUUUAUGGGUGCAAGCAUAAGGGCGGCCGAGUCAGAAGAACACCGCCAGCAUAUCAGAGAUACGAAAGAAAUUCACGCCUUGCAAGAAAAGGAGAAGAGAGAAAAGAAGUUAAAGCGAAAAGAGAUAUCAGCCUCAGAAAGACCAGAGACUGUGACCGAGGAAGUUCAAUCGUUGAAUGAUUUCGUAGAUGCAAUGAUUGUUAACCCCGAUGAAGCCUCAGCAAGCAAGGGCCCCUCCAAAGUGUCUCCUGUGAAGCCAACGAGGGUUUCAAAGCCUCCAGUACCUCCACAAAGGGUUCGUCCCUUUCAAGAACUCUACGACAAACUGAUCAAAGAUACCGGUCCCUUAGUUGCCAAAGAAAUCUGUCUGCUGAAGAAUCAAGUAAACGACACGAACUUUCUGAGGGAAAAGAUCAAGGAUCAGCGGAAGAAAAACAAAGAAAUGAAUGCCUACAUGGCUAAGCAAUGCAAGUUCAUCAGAUUCCAGCAAGCGGGGUUGGAGAAAAUGUACAGAAUGAUGAGAAACAUGUGUGAGCAAAUGAAAGUGAAGCCCAUGUUCUCCUUUGAAGAAAUUUUCGACUUUGAGGCAUUCAUGGAAGAAGAAACUGCUCGAAAGGAAAAGGAGGCUGAGGCUAAGAAAAAGCGUUUGGAAUCGGUCGAAAGGGUAACUGAGGGAAAUGAAAGUGAUGAAGAGGAAGUGGAUCGAGAUGAUAUGCCGGCCAAAUUUCUCGAAUAG